GUUGGAGUCACUGACAAGCUGUUCGUCUACAACCGUACAUUCGGCGAACCUCCCUCAGACACAACCAAUGCCGCCUGGGAGUCGCUCUUCCCAAAGCAUGGCGGCUUCUUCGUGCACCCAGAACUCGCACCGAAGCGAUCCGCCUUCUCUGUGUUUCACCAAAUGCAUUGCCUGGACGAGUUGCGGCAUGGUUUUUACGUUCUCCAUGACCAGGUCAUUGCCUACUCGAAAAUGACUAGCGGGCAGGCGGCAGAGAAGAACGCGGGCGCACCCGCAGAGAAGCGAGCGCUUCAAGAGCACACUCUUGGGCACAUACGGCACUGUAUCGACUUGUUGCGUCAGAGCCUGAUGUGCAACGCGGACCUGACAAUUGAAUUGAAAGAUGAGGAGCUUGGAGGAGUGACAGGAUUUGGCACGGUGCACAAGUGCAUCGACUGGCCAGAAUUAUUGGAGUGGGUACGGCCGUGGGAAGACAGGGACGCCCCGCCUCUUGCUGAGGUCAGCCAUCAUGACCACGCGGGCGCCUAA